AUGCCCAUCGAACCCGGCGCAGCCGCCUUCAGGUUCCACAAGUCGAACGUGGCGGGGUUCUUUGUUUUCUACUACGGAGUCCUCGCUCACCCCGACAUCGACCGUAACGCGGCCAACCUCCAAGUCCACACCAACCCCAUCACUAGCGAGCUCAUCCUCGCCGAAGCCGAAAUCAUUCGCGCCAACGUCAAGGACCUCUACCUCGAGGCCUACUGUCGCAACCUCCCGGAGUGCCGCCGAGGCGGCGUCACCGACACCGUGGUCGACUCUACCGCCGCCUUCCUGGAAUCCGACCUCGGCCCCAUCCUCUAUUCCCGAAACCUCUUCGUUUUCGGCCCUACCGAGGAAGUUCGCUCGCGGCGCCUCACGGUCGCCCGCGCCACCGUCGAGCGCGAUUCGGAGAAGGACGCCCAGCUUAACGCCCUCGUCGAAAUCCUCCGUCUCGGCCGCGAGAACCCCAGCUGCCCUGGUAUCUCGCACAUCACGUUCUACGACCCGAACCAGUAG